GCAUCCUCUCUUCCACGGUUCCCCUUGAUCCCAACAGAAUAACAAACUCCCAAACCCCCCCCAAAAAAAAUCCCCAAAACCCUAGACAAAUUCUAGUAGCGGUUCUGUUUCCGUCGCCGGAAAUGGCGUCGUCUAAAGUCAUGGCAUCUUCGAAUUCGCGAAAAUCGGAUCUCUCGCGUCGGUCUUCUUCGGGUUCUUACUCUACAAAACCUUUGUCUGUAUCUGAUCGGAAAGAUAGCAGCGGGAGUGGGAGCAGCAGCAGGUUGAGCUCGAGCUCCACAAUGACAGUGGACGGUGUUUUGGGGAAUGUUUACACUGCGGCACCAUCUACCGAGACUACGCUUGUGGAUGCGUCCAUCACGCUUGUUGACACGCCGGGGACGAUACCGACUGCUAAUCCGGAAGGUAGUGAGGGUCGGAAUGCGGAUUUUGUGAAUAAUAAUGACGAAAGUGUGGCUAAGACUGUGGAUGAUAUGUGGAGGGAGAUAGUUUCCGGGGUGAGGAAAGAAGUGACGAUGAAGGAGGAGGCACCGGAUGAGGUAAUUACGCUUGAGGAGUUCCUAGCGAGGAAUGAAGGGGUGGAUGAUGAUGCAGAGACCAAGGUGGAAUCGGAGAGACUGAGUGGAGGGCUUUACUCAUUUGAUCCGGUCACACCAAACGCAUUCCACAUACUGGACAAGAUGGAGGGGUCCAUAGUUGGGUUGGGGAGUGGAACAGAGGUGAUUAGUGAUAUAGGUGGAGGGAGGGGAAAGAGAGGGAGAGGGGUUAUGAUGGAAUCCAUGGAUAAGGCAGCUCAGCAGCGGCAAAGGAGGAUGAUCAAGAAUAGGGAAUCAGCAGCCAGGUCUAGGGAAAGAAAGCAGGCUUACCAAGUUGAGUUGGAGUCACUGGCAGUGAGACUGGAGGAAGAGAAUGAGCAGCUGUUGAAAGAGAAGGUUGAGAGGACUAAGGAAAGGUUUAAUCAGCUCAUGGAGAAAGUGAUACCUGUUGUUGAGCAGCGAAGACCACCACGAAGGCUCUGUAGAUAUCAUUCUCUUUAAUGGUAGACUUAGUUCUUUGAGUUUUGAGAUGGGAAUCUGAAAGUUAAAAAAAGAGGGGUAACAAAAAGUGGGGCAACAAGACAAUGAAAUUAUCUUCUUUUUUAGUCAUCUAAGAGAAGCAUAACCAAAAUUGAAAGUCCUUGCAAACCCAAUCCUGAAGAGAAGCACCUUUUUACUCGAGAGGAUGUACAAUGGAGAGAAUUGCAGGAUCUGCAAGUUAAAUGUGUGUAGCUCGUGAGAAUAUCACUGGAUUCACAGCAAACUUGGUUCCCCUUGCUGCCGAAGUAUUAGAGAAAGGUUCUGGACUAGCGCUGACUGUAUUCAUAUAUUCACUAGCUUUAGCAGCCCUUUAACAAAAUAUUGAUUGGUGAAUGGUAGUGAUCUGUUAAUAUUAAUCAGGGCCUUAGUAUUUAUCUUGAUGAAAAUGAGCAUAUUCAUAUGCAAGUCUUUAUUAUAUAGCUGCCUCCGAAUGCUUCUAAUUAAGCAGCUCCUGAAAUUACUAUUAGAGAAAUUCCCUUUAUAGUUUAAGCAGUUGUACAUACGAUUCAAUUCUUGUAUCUCGUAGAAGGAAAAAGAACAAUGAAAAUGAAGGGCAUAUUUCAUC